AUGGUAACAGCUCUCAAACAGCCUAUCGUGUUCCAGCUGGAGGGUUUCUAUGUACCACCAGGCUACGGCGCUUUCUUCUUCUUCCUGGCUCUGUUGAACUUCAUACUAAUGCUGUUGGCCAAUGGUGUGGUGCUGUGUGUUAUUGUCAUGGACAAGAACCUGCACAGGCCCAUGUUCAUAAUGGUUUGUAACCUUGUAGUCUGUGAUCUGCUGGGGGCCACGGCGGUGCUGCCUCGCCUUAUGAUGCACUUCUUGAUGGGCCAGAAGAGGAUCGCCUACAUCCCGGCAAUCGCCCAGGCCUUCUCUGUGCACAUGUACGGCGUGGCAGCGCAGACUAUUCUGGGUGCGAUGGCCUAUGACAGGUACAUCGCCGUGUGUGAACCACUCAGGUAUCACGCCAUCAUGACAUCGGCUCGGCUACAUUCCUGCUGCGCCCUGGCCUGGUUCAUCGCUGGGCUGUUGAUUACUGUACUCUUCAUUUUACACAUGAACACCCCACUGUGUGGCAAUACCAUCCAACAUGUCUACUGCAGCAACCGUGCUAUCCUGAACCUGGCCUGCAGUCCCACCCCCAUCAAUAACCUCUAUGCUAUAAUGGUCAUCGUUAUUAGUCACAGGUUCCCGUCACUGUCACAAAAUAUCAAGAAGUUUGUCAGCAUCAUGUUCAUCAUCAUUCCACCAGCUAUCAACCCCAUCAUAUAUGGACUAGUCAGUAAAGAGUUACGUAAUAGCAUCAUCACGCAUUUUAUCCAUUUACAUGUCCAUCAGAAACAAAUUAGAGGGGUUUAA